UCCAUUCCAAAAUGUCACAGUUAGGUUUGAUUUGGUGCUCAGAACACUUUAAGACAAACUGUAUUGGAUUGUAAGACAAACUUCAGACAAAAAAAUAAGAAAAGCAGUCACAAAACUCAAGAUGAGGGAAGAACAGCCUCCAUACAAGUCGAGCUCGGUGUAUAAUGAACUCCGUUUUGAGGGAAAAUUUUGUGAUGCAAUCAUCAAAGUGGAGGAUGUUGAAUUUCCGGUCCACAAGAUAAUCCUGUGUAACUGCACCCCGUACUUCAGAGCUCUCUUCACCUCUUGGAGCGACCCAGACAAACAGGUCUUCAACAUACCUGGCUUGUCUCCUGAGAUGAUGGCACUCAUCAUUGACUUUGCAUACACUGGCAGUGUUUCUGUAACGGAGGAAAACGCAGUGGAACUUCUCAUGGCAGCUGAUCAACUCAAUGUAAUGGACAUUGUAAAAAUCUGCAGUGACUUCGUGGGGGAGCAACUCUGCGCAGAGAACUGUGUUGGCAUUUGGCAGUUCACAAAAGUACACUUAUCACCCGAACUACGUGCCAAGGCCUUCCACUACAUCAUCAGUAACUUUGAGCAGGUGGUUCUUCAGGAGGAGUUCCUGCAGCUAACUGUGGAGGAACUUGAUGAUAUUCUUGAAAGAGAUGACCUCAAUGUACAGUGUGAGAGCACUGCGUACGAAGCACUUAUAAAGUGGAUUAGCCAUGUGCCUGCAGAACGGGAACAACACCUCAUCGCUCUGUUGUCUAAGGUGUAUAAACUUCCAUUACUACAUUUAGUUUCGACUUAAAUCUUCAGCAUUUAA